UGUCAAACAAUCAAGCAUCCGCUUACACUUUUGUCCGGCAAAACUAUUAAAAAAUACAGAGUUUAAAUAGAAAUUUAUCGUUACUUAAUCCUAAAUUUGUUCCUAUUUAUCUGUUGAUCGCUGGAAAGUAUAACCUCCAAAGUGCUCGUUUGGUUUCAGUUCCUUGAAGCCAAAAUCUAAACAUGCCAAAGAACAAGAAGCAAGAUACUUCGGAUUCCGAUUCCGGACCAGAUGAUCGUACUCCGGUCAAGAAAACCAAAACUGACGGUACUUCCGGCAGCACAACUAAUGACAAGGGCGAAGAGGAAUGGCCGUUGGACCGCAACCGCAAGGUAACGGUGAGUGAGUUCAAGAAUAAGGUCUACGUGAAUGUGCGUGAGUACUACGAAAAGGACGGAAAAACGAUGCCAGGCAAGAAGGGAAUCAGUCUAACGGUGCCACAGUGGAAGAAACUGUUGGAAAACGUCGAUGCGAUUAACGAGAAGAUUAAGAAGUUUUAGGAUUCUCUUUAUUCGUUCCCAUCUUGUCGUUUCUUCCUCCCGAGAGUAUUGUUCCGUUCACUGAAAACCGAUGCCCCUAAUUUUCGAUGGGUGCAAUCCAGUACCAGUGUUUUAGUUUAUAAGGCUGAAUCCGCUUCCGGCGCCAGGCUACGAAGGAACUGAUGUCCAGGAACGCGGAAUCGAAAGAUGAUAAGUUCUUGUUUGUAGUUGGUAAAGCGACUGUUAAUAAAUUGUUGCCAUUGAAA